AUGCUGGACACUUUCGAAAUUCUGACCACGUCCGGAGUGGUCCUCUGGUCAAGGACUUACGCCGCUGUCAGCCCAUCCGUGGUCAACAACUUCAUCAAUGACAUCUUUAUUGAGGAGAAGAGUUCAGUUGCCGGCGCAAAGAACGGCGCUUCUGCCGCUGAGAACCCUCCGUACAAACAUGACCAACACACUUUGCGCUGGACCUUCGAAAAGGAAUUGGGCAUCAUUUUCGUGGCCGUGUACCGUUCUCUGCUUCACAUCUCCUGGAUCGAUCAACUGGUCGACAACAUCAGGGCUAUCUUCGUUGGCCUCUACCGUGACGAGUUGACCAAGCCGAAUACCACCAUCGUCGAGUGCCUCACGUUUGACCAGUAUUUUGACCAACAACUUCGAGAGCUUGAACAGGCCGGUGGCAAAUCGGACACGCGCGCACUGAAAAGUGAAGUGUUAUCCGAAGAUACGGGCGAUGAGCCUCCCUCCCCACCAAACAACCGCGGCCAACAAGCCCUCCGCGGGGUAUCACCAGGCUCAAGUCCAAAUGUUUCGCGCCCAGGUACCCCCAGCGCAAGCCAUCUGCUGGUCGCCAAGGCUGGACCGGGGGCGAAAUUGUCCAGAAGAGCGAGAAAAAUGCAGAAUACCACCUCAGCUCCAGCAUCGUCUGGUGACGAAGGCCCGGCCAGGAAGGCCAAGGCCAAGCCAGUGAAGCGCGGGAGGAAAUGGGAUGCCGAUGGGCUUGCUGAUGAAGACGAUGGUGUUCAGCUUGACUACUCGGUUCCCACCCUCACCAGUGAUAGUGAAGCUGAGCCCGGUGCGAGACCAGGGGCCGUAGAAGAGGUGGACGCGUCGACAUGGGGUUCCCAGACCAAGGGGAAGUUUGUCCUGAGAGACUUGGGCGAUGAAGUCAACUCGAUUCUGGCUGAUGCCGAUGCGAAGAAGAAUGCUGCUACCAAGACCGACGCGCCUAGUGGUCUCGUAGGUACUGGUCUCAGUGCUAUCGGAGGGUUGUUCAGGAACGUGGUGGGUGGAAAGGUUUUGACAAAGCAAGACCUGGAUAAGGCGAUGAAGGGAAUGGAGGAGCAUUUGCUCAAAAAGAACGUUGCGCGCGAGGCGGCGAUACGUCUUUGCGAGGGUGUUGAGAAAGAACUGGUGGGGGUGAAAACUGGCAGCUUUGAAAGUAUCAACGCAAGGAUACAGAAAGCUAUGGAGGCUUCCCUGACGAAAAUGCUUACACCAACAUCAUCACUCGAUCUCUUGAGAGAAAUCGACGCGAUUACCUCGCCUUCUGCGACAUCGCUCCGCAAGGCCCGGCCAUACGUCAUGUCUAUCGUCGGUGUCAACGGCGUAGGCAAGUCGACAAAUCUCUCCAAAAUAUGCUUCUUUUUGUUGCAGAACAAGUACAAGGUUCUCAUUGCUGCCGGUGACACGUUCCGUUCCGGUGCCGUUGAACAGCUCGCUGUCCACGUGCGCAACCUGAAAGAAUUGACUGCCCGUGAAGGUGGCCAAGUUGAGCUGUACCAGAAGGGCUAUGGCAAGGAUGCCGCUACUGUGGCCAAGGAUGCCGUCGCGUAUGCGGCACAAGAGGGAUUCAACGUGGUUCUCAUCGAUACCGCGGGGCGUAGACACAACGACCAAAGAUUGAUGAGCUCCCUGGAGAAGUUCGCCAAGUUUGCGCAACCAGACAAGAUUUUGAUGGUUGCACUUGUCGGCACAGACUCCGUUGCUCAGGCCCGGAACUUCAAUGCGGCUUUUGGAUCUGGUCGUUCCUUGGACGGGUUCAUCAUCUCGAAAUGCGACACCGUCGGAGACAUGGUCGGGACUUUGGUCAGCAUCGUACAUGCCACCAAUGUUCCGGUUCUGUUCGUCGGCGUUGGCCAACACUACUCUGAUUUGAGGAACUUCUCAGUCAAGUGGGCUGUUGAGAAGUUGUUGAGCAGUGCAUGA